CGGGUUUCAACUCGAUGACGCAACUGGGCUUUUUCGUGGCCCUGAGCAGCCACCAGACCUCGUUCGCGGUCUCGACGCUGUACAAAAGCUCUGACCCGCAGCCAGCAAGCGCGUGAACAACGCGCGGCCGGUGCAGAUAGGCGAGGAGGCGAUAUAGCACAUUCCUCUCGAAUCGACUCCUAGAGAUGCGACGACGACCCGCUGCGUUGCUCGCGCUGCUCGCGGCGGCCGCAGCGGACAACGCGCUCCUCUCCGCUAGCGAGAAACCCUCGCUCAAGAUCCGCGGCGUGAACUUAGGCGGCUGGCUCGUCCUCGAGAAGUGGAUCAAGCCGUCUCUGUUCAGUGAGUGGGACGCCUUCGACAAAAAGGCGCCCAAGGACCAGUGGACCUACUGCGAGACGCUGGGAAAGACGGAAUGCAAGAAACGCCUCGAGCAGCACUGGGACACGUGGGUCACGGAGAGCACGAUCAGUGACCUGGCUGAUGCGGGCAUCACGCACGUGAGGAUACCUAUCGGGCACUGGAUCACGUGUGACAUCGCCGACGACGAGCCCUACGUGUGCGGGGAAUGGACCUACCUCAAAAGAGUGGCCGAGUGGUGCCAGAAAUACGAUGUCUUGGUGUGGCUCGACCUCCACACGGCGCCCGGCUCCCAGAACGGCUUCGACAACUCGGGCCACACGGGCGACGCGCUCUGGGACAAGUCCAUGGCCAACGUGAACCGCACGUUACGAGUUGUAGAUGAAAUAGCGUCGAAGGUCGCAGAGGACGACGCUUUGUCAAGCGUGACGACGGGCUUCGGUCUGCUGAACGAGCCGGACGCCGGCAUCGAUUAUUGGCGCAUGCUCAACUACUACGAGGACGCUUACGCGACGAUCCGGCGCGUAUUAGGCAAGGAUGUGGCGGUCUAUGUGGGAGACAUGUUCGUGCAAACCUGUGCAUAAAUCAACCAGAGAGUCGGGGGCGCCACGCUAUCGAGCAGGCGUCGCGUCGAUGGCGUGGAGGCCAUGAUCCAGCGGAUGCGGAGACGCGCAGCGAGAGGAGACACGCCGCGAGAGGAGAUGCGCCGCGAGAAUUUGAUUUCCUCUCACUUUGAUUUCCACACUAGAACCCAAAAAAUUUCAAUUGGUUUUGGGUCUCCAAGGACAACGCGCCGCAAGGGCCCUCAAAUGAGGCCGAGAACGUAUACCUCGACAGCCACAUCUACGCCUGCUUCGUCGAUGAUUUGAAGGCGAUGACGCCCCAGCAGCACAUCCGCCAGGUUUGUAAAUUUGAAAGGGACCACAUCAACCGUCGCGCGCUGUGUAGAAAUCAAUUGCAACGCGCUACAUGCCAUCGACGAAAUGUGUGACUCACUUUUCAUUUCCGCACAGAGUGCUGCUGGGACGGCCUGCCGCCCAAGCCGACGGAGCUGAAGCGCUUCGUCGGCGAGUGGACGGCGGCCUACGACCAGACGCCGUCGCCGGAGCUCGAGAAGCACUUCCGCGAGCACCCCCGCGAACUAACGCCGGAACGGUUCCGAUUCCUGGAGCAGUUCGUGCUCGCGCAGAUGAUGACCUACGAGGCCACUCCUGAAGAAAAUCUCGAAUACUUGCCGCCGAAGAGCGUCGCGGGCGACUUCCACGGCUGGUUCUUCUGGAACUUUCGCAUGGAGGAGACGGUCUACCGCGAGUGGGACUACCUGCGAGGCGUCAAGGAGGGCUGGAUCCCCAAACUUGAGCGGGGCGUGACCGUGGAGCAGCAGACGGGCACGGACUGCGCCCAGUUGGAAGAGGAGGCCCUGGCGUGCACGACGGAGGUCGUCGACCCCUUUCCCAAGAUUCCCCACUGGAAGGGCAUUCCUUGUAUUGCGCCGUCGCCCGCGGAGGUCGCGUCGUUGUUCCUGCUGAAGGCGUUCGCGUGCGUCGGCGUCGUGGCCGUGGUCCUCUUCGUGCUCUACGCGCUGCGCUACGGCUUCGCCAAGGCCUGGGCCGAGCUGCGCGCGUGCUGCGGCCGCGGCGGGUCCCUCGAAAUGGCGCGGCGGAAGGAAUUUACGAGGAUCAACGACGAGCCGUCCUCCUACGACACGAACAACCCGAUCAACGUCGCCGCGUAGUAGUCGCUCCCCCUGUCGCCCCGAUUUAACUCCUUGUACAAUA